GAAGGGUCGUGGAGAAGAACUUGUUGCGCCACCCAAAGGGGAGGGGCCUGGGAGUUUAGAGUAGGCUGGGAGGCCAGGUUUAGGUGCAGGGAGGAGAGGGCCCAGACCUCGGUGGCGUGGACGCAGGAGAAAGGAGCUCCCACUCUGAGUGAGAAGAAACUCAGCGUCCGGCCGACGUUGCCAUCCCUCACCUGCAGGUUGCUGCCAUGAGGUUGAAUCAGAACACCAUGUUGCUGGGGAAGAAGGUGGUCCUGGUGCCCUACACCUCAGAGCACGUACCUAGGUACCACGAGUGGAUGAAAUCAGAGGAGCUGCAGCGUUUGACAGCCUCAGAGCCGCUGACUCUGGAGCAGGAGUAUGCAAUGCAGUGCAGCUGGCAGGAGGAUGCUGACAAGUGCACUUUCAUUGUGCUGGAUGCAGAGAGGUGGCAGAGCUGGCCAGGCCCCACUGAAGAGAGCUGCAUGGUGGGUGAUGUGAACCUCUUUCUCACGGAUCUGGAAGACCCCACCUUGGGGGAGAUUGAGGUCAUGAUAGCAGAGCCCAGCUGCAGGGGCCGGGGCUUCGGCACUGAGGCUGCUCUCCUGAUGAUGUCCUAUGCCCUUAGGGAUUGGAAUUUCCUCUGUGACACCUCACCUGUCCGCCUCCAGCCUAAUCAGUCAAAGUUCCUCAGGCUUCUCCACCCAGCAGUUGAGGUAGGGAGGGGCCCUUCCAAGUCCCAUGGGGCAGUCCCUAGGCCUGCUCUAUUGUGGUGGGGAUCUGCUAGGGUCAAAGGGUCGGCUGGGGGGGGUAAGGAUGAAGGGAGGCCAUGUCCUGCUGAGCAGGGCACAGAACAAGGAGUGCUGUGAUAAGAGUUCUGGAUGGUUCUGUUUAAGGCUGGUGGAAUCCAAACCCUAAAGAACCAGACGGCCAGAUAGACUGGCCCUUCUUUCAACCCUGAGGGCUCCCCCAAGUCCCCUUCCUGUUCUGUCUCUUCCCUAUCUAGUUCCCCUCAGUCCAGGACCCUGGUUCUAAGUGAGCUCCCUGUGGGUUGAGUGGUGAUGAAGUAGCCCAGGGCCGGCUUCCCUUCUGAGCACUGCCUGGGACCUUUUGGCCCUCCAGCCUGGGUCACGCUGGUGGACUUCUAGGAUGUGGCCUCAAGUGCCAUAGGUGUAAGGGACCAGGGCUUGACCUGCAUUUUGCCUUUGGAAAUUCCCCUCCAUCCCACUUUGCUACACAGCGUGUUCUGGGGCUCAGUAGGCCAAUUUGUUUCCCCCCAAUGCUGGACAACUGCCCUCCAGUCAGGCUACUGGGCAGAUAAGAUAGGAGUAUCUGGCGCCCGCUCAGCCUGCUCCUGGGAAUCCUGUAGCCCAUGGGCUGCUCCCAGAGUAAAUCCAAGUGUGCCAGCACCAAGCCCAGCUUCAUCCUAGGCUUCACACUUACAGUACUCUUGGAGUGAGAACUUCAGAGCCCCCUGAGCACAAGGGCCUCAACUGUUACCUCCCAUGUUGGCCAUGCCCCCCCCAUACACUGAUACUGUGACACCAGACUAAGCAUGUGAGGCUGAGUGGCUCUUACUCCCUACAGGGUUCCUGAGCAGCUAAAGAAUCCAGGCCUGCUGGUUAGUCACCUGGGCUUGGGGCUGCAGGGAGCCUUCUGAUGGUCCAUCCUCCAGUCACAUCCUAACCUCAGCCAAAGGCCACUUGGCCACACUUGCCACUUCCACUUUCCAUCUGGAUGGUGUGAGUCUGAAUGAAGACCAGAGCUUCAAAGGAAGACACAGAGGCUGACGAAGUAGAGGAAGAAGCUUGAUUUGGGAAGCAGUUUCUUUACAGUGGUGGUGCCUGGCUCAGGGAUGGGCAGGGGGGCAGCCAGAGUCUCCCCGUGCUGCCCAGGUCUCCAAGGGUGGGACU